CAGAGAGAGAGAACAAGAAGGAGGAGGCAUGUUGCUUGCUUUUUCAUUCUUCUUCUCAACGAGAAAAGUCAGACUCUCUUCAAUUCUUCUCCUUUAUAAACAAUAAUUCUCGACUUGUUACAGUCCCACCACCACUUACCAAACACCAUGGCUUCUUCCCCACCUCAAACUCUCCUCCUCCUCCUCGUCGGUCUCACCACCGUCUUCUUCUUCUUCUUCAUCUCCGCUUCCGCAGAUCCGGACAUGCUCCAAGAUCUCUGCGUCGCUGAUCUCUCCUCCGGAAUCAAGAUCAAUGGCUUUCCUUGUAAAGACGCAGCUACAGUAACAUCAGCCGAUUUCUUCUCACAAGGUAUAGCUAACCCAGGUCUCACUAACAACACAUUCGGUGCCUUGGUCACUGGAGCCAACGUUAUGACCAUCCCUGGACUCAACACACUCGGUGUCUCGCUCGCUCGUAUCGACUACGCCCCAGGGGGUUUAAACCCACCUCACACCCACCCACGUGCCACUGAGGUUGUCUUUGUCCUCGAAGGAACUCUCGACGUUGGGUUCCUCACCACCGCCAAUAAGCUCAUCUCUCAAUCUCUCAAGAAAGGAGAUGUCUUUGCUUUCCCUAAAGGACUUGUCCAUUUCCAGAAGAACAAUGGUCGUGUCCCUGCCUCUGUUAUUUCAGCUUUCAAUAGUCAGCUUCCUGGAACCCAAUCCCUUGGUGCUACUUUGUUUGGUUCUACUCCUCCUGUUCCUGACAACAUCUUGGCUCAAGCCUUCCAGACAUCUUCAGGAACUGUCAAACAUAUCAAAUCCAAGUUCCAACCCAAGAAAUGAUCUCUUUAUAUAUUCAUUACAGUUAUUUGUUUUUUUUUUACCGGUUCUGUUUGAUAAAGGAAAGAUCUUUUUAUUCCACU